UAUGAACUCUGUGCGACCGUCAUACUCGGCUCAUGGACGUAUUAUUGUAGUAAUAUGCAUAAAUAUCCACGUGCAUUGAUGGUUUGAUUUGUUUGAAAUAAUGAUCGAGUCGGUGCAUGAAUGUACAGCCGCCUGCCAAAAAGUUAACUUGCAUAAGCGUUUCGUAAUAUAAAUCGGGUUCGACCUUCGAAAAAAAAUAUUAACUUGUCCUCCUUCUUACUUUUCACUUCACGUGUUACAACAUUCGAUUCUCGUAUUCAGCAUGUUCAGCAAAAGAAUGGAUACCUAGCUACCUAUACAGAACUGAAAUAGCGGAGUGAUGCCUAGAGACACUUUCGAGGAUAUCACGGCCGUGCAGCAGAUGAUAUCAUCAUGUACAGGGGCCAUACUCACCUCUUUGCUUGUUACACCUUUUGAUGUAGUGAAGAUUCGCUUACAGUCCCAGAAAGUACCACUGGUUAAGGGAAAAUGUUUUUUGUACUGCAAUGGACUGAUGGAUCAUUUGUGUACCUGUCUCAAUGGACCGACAAACAAUGGGUACUGGUACAAAAGGAAAGUGCCUGGACACUACAAAGGAACAGUGGAUGCCAUGAUGCAGAUUUCUAGGCAUGAGGGGUUUCGUUCACUUUGGAGUGGUCUGCCCCCUACUCUGGUGAUGGCUGUCCCAGCCACUGUGGUGUACUUCUCAUGUUACGAACAUUUUAGAAAUCUAUUUGGUUACUCGGCAGGACUCUCAUCACAAAAUGAUUGGUGGAAGCCGAUAAUGGCUGGAGCCAGUGCACGGACACUUGCAGUUUUUGCAAUUAGCCCCCUAGAGAUGGUCAGAACAAAGAUACAGUCAGAGCAAUUAAAGUACAGCCAGGUACUGACGGCAGUCCAACACACAGUGAAAGAAGGGGGCAUGGUCAAGUCCCUGUACCGGGGCUUCACACCAACACUCCUCAGGGAUGUCCCAUUCUCAGCUCUUUACUGGUUUGGAUACGAGGGGAUGAAGUCCAUAGUUAUCAAGAAGUCUCCAUCACACAAUAUGACGUCUGCUGAGAGUUUCUGUUGUGGAGCUGUCUCUGGAGGGAUUGCUGCUGUACUAACCUUGCCUUUCGAUGUAAUUAAAACUCAUCGUCAGAUUUCAAUAGGAGAAACACGGAGGAGAGGUUCCCAAGAAGUAACCUCAACUCUGCGCCUUAUUAUACAGUUGUACUACAGAGAAGGAGCACAUGCCUUGUUUGCAGGUCUGGUUCCUAGAGUUGUGAAAGUCGCACCUGCAUGUGCCAUCAUGAUUUCUUCAUACGAGUAUUUCAAAAACUUUUUUAAAGCCAGAAAUCGAGAACUACGAGAAAAUAGGAUGCACUCUGCUUGAGCAAUAGAGUAACGCGGUUCAUUGACAUGGAAACUUUUGGUGCUUUUUAUAUUUGUAUGUCUAGUCUUUGAAAUGACUUGUUUGAUGAUGAUUUGAAUCUUCUUAUCUCAUUCUGUGCGUAAAUUAUGAAAGGUACUGCAUUCCAUGAUUUUUAAUGAAAUACAGGCAGCACGUAAAUUCGCGUUAUGGUUUUAUAUUAUCAGAAUGUCAGCAAUGUUAUGAAUUUCAGGCAUAAUAAGAAGUUUUAUUGUUGUUUUAGGGGAUAAUUAUUUUCGGGGUUUGAGUAAUUGUCUACUUAUUGUAGUUUUAAACAAAAUUAGAUCUUUUUCUUCACUAUCUGAUGUGAGUAUGCAAUUAACAAAUUAAGAUUAAACAGUUAGUGCAUGUAAUAUUAUCUGACAUUUCUAACAUGAUACACGUUUACUUCCUGUGAUAAAAUGAAAUAUUUAUAAAUUGCACUGACCCACUAAGUGGUGUCUAUGUAAUGCAUGUGAUUUCCUUUGUACAGAGUCCCACACGUUUCAUCAGCCUCAUUAUCUUAAUGAUCACUCAUGACUCAUAAUCACUUACAUUGAUUACUAAAUAAGUAUGAAAAUGAAAAAAAAAAUAUACCGUACAUGAUGGAUACGAUAUUUACCUGUAGUAUCUCUUUGAGUGACUUGUUGCUUUUUGGGGUUGUUUUCCUGUCACACAAAGGUGAUGAGAAGUGAUACUGUGUAUUAGAUAUAAGCAUGCUCAAGUUGGUGUGUGAAAGAGCGGGUGAGUGCAAGAAUGUCAAAGUGUGCAUUGGGUUUCCUGGUUUGUCUGUAGAUAUUUUUUAUUAUUGUAAAUAUUUGAUAUGUAAAAUUUCAUGUCCAUAUUUAUGACAGUAUUUAUUUAAUUGGCACAAAUUGAGUGUAUUGAUUGAUCGAAUGAUUUUUGUAUUCAAUACAAAUUUCUGUAUAUACUGCAUUAUUGAAGAUAAUUCAAGAUUAUCUUGAAGAUAUUCAAGAUAAUUCUAUAUGGGCCUAACAUUUUCUUUGUAAAUAAUUGCCCAAUACUGUGAGAAUGAUUUCCGUAACAUGGAUUGUGUGCAAGUAAUUCUUGUUUAUGAUUUAAUGUUAAUUGCCAAAAUUUUUUAAAAUCAAAUCAGUACAUGUAAAUAGCCAAAAAGUGUUAUGCGGAGCAGUAGCAGUCCAAUGAAAGGGGAAGUGUGUAAUGCUUUCCUUUAUUAAUAAACGAUUUAAAAGGA